AAGUCCAGAAGGUGGGGUUAGUGGGGCGGCGAGCGGUUGGGGUUUAGCCAGUUUAGCGGUUUAGCUUUGUGCGCGAACGCUUUCGGACAUGUGUUGCUAAACUUCUGUUUCCUUGUUGCGGUGAAUCAGUGAUGCUUCUUUUUUAGGGAGCGUCGUGUCAUGUGUUGAGAGGUGUAAAUAACGAAAAAAAUGUCAACUCGAGAAGUCAUCACCGUACAGUUGGGAAACUACGCCAACUUCGUGGGCGCUCACGUUUGGAAUCUGCAGCAAACCUGCUUUUCCUACAACCGGAAUGACUCUAGGAUCCCGCUUGAGUUCAACCACGACAUAUUCUUCCGCGAAGGCAAGAGCCCCAGGGGGCAGUUGACGUACACGCCACGACUGGUGGUGGCCGACCUUCCGGGAAGCCUUGGCCAUCUCAAGAACGACCUGUACGAUCCCCCGCCAUCUGCCAAAGAACAGAUCUCCUGGUCUGGCAAGGUAACCAUUCACAAGACGGAGCCUGUGCCGAAAAGUUCCAGCAGCCAUUCCAGGGACCAGAGCUUACGCAGCUUUAGCUCCGACGAGGACAAAGACAUUUGCCGAGCCGACCUGACCAAUGUCGGUGGUGCAAGCGAGAUCCCGCCGCCCAACGACCUGGCGCGGCAUUGGACGGACUUCCUGAAGGUCGACUUUCACCCCAAGACAGUGAAUCUGGUUCAUGGAUACCAUCACAACAGUCGAGACGACCCGUUUGACCUCUACGGACAGGGUGUCCAGUGUUACGAGGACUCUGCCUGGCAGGAGGGCUUUCUUGACAGGCUGCGCUGGUUUGCGGAGGACAGUGAUUCCCUGCAGGCCUUCAGCGUGGUACUGGAUGCCCACGACGGCUUCUCGGGAUUGGCCGGAGGGCUUCUGGAGCAUUUGGGCGACAACUACCCUUCUAAGGCUGCCCUGUGCUGGCCCCUGUUUCAGCCCCACUACCGGGCACUCAAGGAAGGAGCUGUGGCCACGGAGCGGGCCCACAGGUGCUUCAACGCGGUCAUGUGCUACGGCAGUCUGUCCAGGCUCUCUUCCGGCUUCUGUCCUCUGAGCGUCUCUGCGGACCACUUCAAGGGCACUGCAAGGACCUUCCAGCACCUCAGGCUCCUGGACCAAGAACAGUACCAGACGAGUGCAGUGCUGGGGUCUGCCCUGGACAGCUUUUACUGCGGCCUGAAGCUGAAGAAUCAGCCGCUGGAACUUACUCAGCUGCUCGGCCAGCUCACCGGAGUCGGCAGAAGGAUGGCGUCCCUGAGCUGCAGCUUUCCCCUCGGCCUUCCCGAGACUGGUCUGCUGGAGAACCACAGCUGCAUUCCGGUGCCCCUGACGCCAGGAGCCAUUGGGGAUGCCAGACAGGACAUGUCCUUGGCGGUGGUGCGCGGUUGCCCCCAGGAUUUGAUUAGCAGGCUUCCCCGCUCCGUGCAAGAUCCCGGAGAGGUCGUCCACAGGUUUGCCGACAAGAUGUGCGGGGGCGGACUUGCGUGGCUGAUGCGUGUCGAGAAUCCCACGAGAACGGCCAACGGCUUUCCGGCCAUCUUCGACGAAGCCGUCACUCCAAGAGGGCUCAUCUCCAAACAUCCUCGAGAAAAGAACACGGGAGUGGCGCUGGUUCCUUCGCUGGUGUGCGUCCAGAGUGGCAGCGGCACGGCUCGUGGACUACAGGAGGUGGUGCAUGCGGGCUCGAGUCUGGAUUUGCAGCGCUUUCACCGGUGCACGCUGGCGGGCACCGAACCAGACGCCUUUAGGGAGGCUCUGAACGCCGUCCAAGAGCUGGCCUCGGACUACGAUCUUGGACUGUGACGUCCUACAAACUUGGACAGUCGGAACGUUUUACGAUCUUCGAUUGCGACAUCCUACGAUCCUUGACAGCGACGUACUACAAUGUUUGACCAUGGCAUGCUACGAUUUCGACUGCAAUGUCCUACGGUCUUUGACUGUUGUAACGUCCCACGAUCUUUGACCGUGAUGUCGUACAAUCAUCGACCGUGAUCUUAACGUUCUACGAUCUGCGACCAUGACGUCAUGCAAUAUUCAGUCACGACGUCUGGCGCGUGCACGCACAUAUCUGUGCGCGAGAUCAAGCCGGCUAACACCUUUGUGACAACAGGUGUGCGGUCUCAAUUACGCUCGAAUACUUGGGGUGUGCAGUACUCUUUCGUGCACAUCAGACCUGUUCGGAACAAAAAAAGAUGGUGUCCUGUGGCGAUCCAUUAGUUUGCCUCGAUUGUCAUGCAGUUUUGUGAGUUUUCUUGACGGAAAUUUUGGCAGUAUUUGAUUGAUAGUUUUGUUGCAGCUUGCUUUUCUUGAGUUCUGAAUUAUAUGAUGUUUUACGAGAAAAUAAAAGCAAAGAUUACUUGUGUAUGCAAA